AUGAAUCGACCUGAGCAACGAGACCCAGAUUCAACGGACUCCUACACGGUAGCAUGGAUCUGUGCCCUAGAAGAAGAGUACUUCUGUGCCUCCCGUAUGCUCGACGAAGAAUUCAACGGGCCCGAGAUAAGCGAAGACAACGAUGAUAACACAUACGUCUACGGUCGUAUUGCGAAGCAUUAUGUGGUGAUCGGUUGUCUUCCAGCCGGUCGGUAUGGCACGAAUUCAGCCGCCCGCGUUGCCCGAGAUAUGGUUCGGACCUUUCCACAGCUGCGGUUCGCAUUAAUGGUAGGCAUCGGAGGGGGCGCACCAAGUACCCGAAAUGACAUCCGAUUGGGGGAUGUUAUCGUGAGCCAACCAAAAGAUGGAUUCGGCGGAGUGAUACAAUAUGAUCUAGGCAAGUUGAAAGAUGGCCAGUUUCACAGGACAGGUCAACUCAACGCGCCGCCUGAGAAACUUCUAGGAGUUAUUCCGGAGAUGCGCAGACUGCACAAUGAUAAAAGGAAGCCGGACAGAUUCGGAGAACAUCUUCGGCGUCUCGAUGACAUGGAAGAUUAUCAACAACCAGCGGUUGACCGGCUUUAUGCUAAAAACUAUUCACAUGUGGAUGGACACAAUUGCGACAAAUGUGAUUUACACUCGGUAGUAGACCGACCAGAGCGCCGGAACCACCGUAUACUCUAUGUUCACUACGGAAAUAUCGCAUCAGGAAAUUCUGUACUCAAAGACGCCAUUGUACGAGAUAAAUUUGCGAAUGACCCAGAGCUGAAUAUUCUGUGCUUUGAAAUGGAGGCUGCAGGUCUUAUGAACAAUGUCCCAUGUCUCAUUAUUCGCGGAAUCUGCGAUUAUUGUGACUCCCACAAGAAUGACGACUGGCACCGAUAUGCUGCGCUUACUGCUGCUGCAUAUGCACGAGAGCUACUCUUAGUUCUACGGCCGCAACGUGUGGAUGCUAUGCCUCCUUGGGCCGAGCAAGUAGCUCAAGUACUUCAACAAGGUAAGGAUCCUACAUUCUGA